UUUAUGCAACUGGAACGAUUAACGAUACCAGUAGUGUCUUUUAAUUGAGGAACUUACUUAAAAGAGGACAUUUUCGACCAUUUAAAGUCAAAUCUUACAGCACUUGAAGCAACAUUGACGGCUGGACCGAGGAUGGCGCACCAUUGUAGCACCGCAGUGAUUCUGGUUCUUCUUGUGAUUGGUCAGAAUGCACAGGCGCUCUCAAUCGCGGCCCGCCGUUUGUUUCCCAACCCUAUCUCACCGCAGCCGGGAAGUUUGACGGCAGCGAAACCUGUGUCGAAACCAAAGAAAGCAACUACUGUUACGAGUAACAUACUAUCAGGCCUGUUUGGCGGAAACAAAGGUCCGCAAGUUCCCCCAAGCGUGGGCUUUUUGAAACCUGCCGCGCCCUUUAUCUCUGCUAGCAGUAAUGGCAAAUCUGGACUUGGAGUUUUGGGAAUUUCGUCGCGACGGGUUACCCAGUUUGCAGAUGUACCUAAGUUGAAGUUGGCAGGGUCCGCUAAACCUAGGGCCAGCGACAGCAGAAAGUUCAUUGUCCGACUCAAGAAUAACGCUAACGCCCUGAAAGCUGAAAGAACAUUAACCGCAGCCGUCAAAACCCUGAAUAGUCGUCAGCCACUGAGCGUGCUUAAGAGUAAAAAAGUGACUAAGAAUUUUCAAGUUGGAAAGAGUAAAUUCCUGACAAUGUAUGCGGAUGUCACAGAUAUGGAGCAACUGAAGAAUGAUCCAAACAUUGAGUACAUAGAACAGAAUGUUCGGGUGUGGCCUGCCUCCUACUGUGCGCUGACAAACAGUAAAGCCAGUUCGUGGGGUUUGGACAUGCUUGACUCUCGCCGCGGAAAGUUUGAUAAGAAAUUUCGACCAAUUGGUAACGACGGGAGAGGGGUGUACGUUUAUAUUCUAGACACCGGAAUCCGAAGCAGUCAUUCAGAUUUUGACACGAGGGUCAUAUCCGGAAAAUCGUUUGUAUCUGGUCGUCGUAGUGACCAAGAUGGCCACGGCCAUGGUACCCACAUUGCAAGUCUGGUAGGAGGCAAGACGUAUGGCGUAGCCAGAAAAGUGAACUUGGUGGCCGUGAAAAUAUUGAAAGAUGACGCCUAUGGCACUUUAGUUGAUGUUUUGGACGGAAUGGACUACGCCAUCAGUGACUGCAAGAAGCGGAAGGGACGAUGCAUCAUUAAUCUUUCCCUCACUGCCAUGACGGUGUCCCAUGCUUGGGAAGACGUAAUUAAGGAGGCAACAGACCAGGGAAUAGUGGUGACGGCAGCGGCAGGGAACUCCCAGAGGGAUGCGUGUCUUGGAUCCCCGGCACACUCCAAUCACGCAAUAGUUAUAGCUGGAGCGCAAUACAAAGAUUCCAAACUUGGGUUUGCUUCUUAUUCCAACUAUGGACCGUGUGUGAAUGUUAUAGCUCCGGGAACUAGUAUAUUAGGUGCGAGUCACAGCUCCAACGCUGGAACUACCAAAUUAGAUGGUUCGUCACAAGCGACCGCCUUUGUGAGUGGUGCCGCUGCCUUGUUCUUGAGUGCCAUGCCAAAUCUCACACCGCGGGUGGUGAGCAUGUUCUUGCACUUGUGGUCCACACACGGGAUAGUGCAGUCGGUGCCCAGGGAUACUCCCAACAGAAUGUUGUACGCCGGAUGUUGAUGCCUCCGCGUCGUCAAAUAAUAGACAGUAUAAAAGAAAAUGUCCUCUACUUGUAAAUGCUCUUUUUGUAAAGAAAAAAGGCAGGAAUUUCAAUUGUCGUCGUGAUUGAUUUCUGAUCAGAACCGUUUGCAAGCUGCUUCAUGCACGAGCCUGCAGUUUAGAGAGUCGGAGAGCACGUGUUGAUCAUACCAUUCUUGGAUGUACAUUUACGAAAAGACUUACACACUUACACUGUUAUAAAGACACAGAUUAGUAUAAACACCACAGAAAACAAAAACAAAAUAAACAUAAACUGGAUAUACAAAACGCAGUGUAUUACUUCCUUCGAUAAAAAAGAUCGUAAGAUAAAGAAAUGUGCCUUCAACUCUGAACUAAAAAUUCAAGCGAGGAAUGUGUUUUUCAUUUAUAACUUAAACGAAAACGAUUUAAAACAACGU